AUGAGCACCACAAACAUCAAUUCAACCACUCUAAAUGAUUUCUCGGCCCCUUGGAAGUUCAGCGAUGUGGUUCUCGUUGUUGAAGAUCAGAAGUUCCACGUUCAUCGAAGCACCCUGUCGUAUUGGUCGCCUGUGUUUGAGAAGAUGUUUACCUCAGAAUUCAAGGAAAAGAAUAACGAAGAAAUCUCUCUACCAGGGAAGAAAGCAAGCGAAAUCGAGCAGUUGCUACAAAUAAUGUAUCCAUCUAUGGAGGAGAAGCCCGUGACAAAAAGCAACUGUUACUUCCUGUUUGAACUCGCUCAUGAAUAUCAAAUGGCAUCUAUUUCUCAAAAGUGCGAAGCAUUCAUGGUGUCCAUGGUCAAAGCAAGACAGGAGGAUGACGUUCUGGCAAUGCUCAUCUAUGGGCAAAAGUACCAGCUAAAAUCACUGAUAUCGACAUGCAUAUAUGAAGCACGGCGGUUAUCACUACAGGAAUUGAAACAGCACAAAAGGCGUGACGAGAUCGAACCAGCCAACUAUGCGCAAAUCGCUGAGGGAAUUAUCCAGCGACUCGAGGCAACUGUCGAGAGGCACUGCACGGUGGAAAAGCAGAUAAGAGAGGUUAAAGAAGAAAGUUUGAAAUGUCUUCAAAACGUUAGCAAAAAGUUGCAUCAACAGGCUUCUAAUAAGAAUUAUGCAGUUUUUGGUUGCUUGCCAACACCAGUAGGCACUGAUAGUUGGCUGUCUAAUUUAAAGGUAGAUUCAUCCCUUAGUUAUGUUGCUCAACAAUUAAUAAAUCUAAAGAAGGCAAUAGAUACCCUGCCUUAUGUCCUCCCUAAGUAACGAUACAGUCUCUGUAUAGCUUUAUGGAUGCCCAUAUACGAAAUUUAUUGCCAACCAUCAACAAACGUAAAAUCAGCCAAAAAUUAUGAAUCGUUAUUUUUUUUUUCUUUUUAAUUCAAUAUGCUUUGUUUAAUCUGCCCCUACUCUUAUGUUAGUUAGUCAUAGCUUAUUUCUUUAUUUUUCUGGUUUUUUAUUUUACUUGUAGACCAUUAUGCAUGCGACCUUUAAUCUUAGUUUCAUCUAGUUUCAGUUAUAUGUUGCGAAAAUUAUCAACCAUGUGACGAUUGUACUCGCUGAACACUACUGUAAGCUUGCCUUUGCUCAGUAAGCUAAAUCUUAACUAUACUACCCGCCUCGAAUAGCUUUGCUAGCUGCGGACUGUGCUUAUGAAUGUCAAAAAUUUGAUAUUACCAAUAAAGUUCUGUUAAUGAUAUAUGAAACUGAAAUCAUAUAUGAAUUGCGGAAAUUUUACUGAAAAUGAAGAAAUGAUCGUCGCAGUGAACGCAAUUUAUGCAAUUGCGUAAAGAAGCCUGAAAAAAAAAAAAAAAUUCAGGACUUCAACGGGGUCUAAACCCCACUGAAGUCCACUGAAGUCCUGAAUUUUUUCAAGCUUCUUCACGCAAUUGCAUAAAUUGCUUUCACUGCGACGAUCAUUUCUUCAUUUUCAGUAAAGUUCUGUUGCUUUGUUUGUGAUGCAUCCCACUGCAGAGGAAUAUUCCUUAUCGCGUAAUUAAUUUUGACACGUUAUGAUCAUUUAGUUACAAUGACGUUUACCAACAACAUUUACUGAGAUCUAGCACUCGAGACGUCCUACAUCCUAGGCACAGGUAGCCUUGAAGCGAUUAAGUAUCUGUUCCAAAACGUGGGAAUCGAAAACCCCGUGUAUGUUUUUAGUUACUGCCGAUGACUUGGUGGACACCUGAGUUUGUGUCUGUUGAAUUGUUUAAGGUCCAAAAAUACCCUAAAACAAGGAAAGUCCUGAAAAAUUUUGAAAGUGACAGCUGAACCUAAGGUCUUGGAGAACUUAAAAAGGUCAUGGAAAAAGUCAUGGAAUUUGAAGAGCUCAAAAGAGUACGACUGACCCUGUGAUAGUAACAAAAUGUAAGCUUAUUGGAGUUGCUGUUUGCUUCGUCUGUAGCGAUAUAUCUCUAAAUAUGUUCAUGGAUCCUAAAUUAGUAUAGGUAAUAGCAUGAUUUGUAGUGAUAUUUGGCAUAAAUAUCACUAGUGAUAUUUCGAAAUUGUUAUACGUAAUUUGAGACAAUUUUGAAAUAUCACGAGUGGUAUUUAUGCCAAAUAUCACGUACAAAUCAUGCUAUUAUUUGUUUAUACUACUACCCGCAAAAGAUUUGUAAUUUUCACAUGUAGGUAUUUCAAAUUAAGCUGAAAUACCACUGCUCUAAACCAAUCAAAUUGCAGAAAUUUCUCAUGUAGUAGUAUAAACGUUGUAUUUCCUUAUACCUGCGGUAUAUUGUCAUCCUUUCGCCCGAGAAGCGGUUAAUUUUGAUCGAUUAUGGUAGAUUUUGGCACACUUUCAGUUUGCCUUCUUUUACUACUUUUUCUGCAAGGCCGAAGAUUUUUAAAUCUAAUACCCUUAAAAAUAUAAACUUAAAGGUAUAAACGUAAAAGUUAACACUCCAGAAAUACUUUAGUGAGAGAGCCCGUACUUAAAAGAGGUUAAUUUUCCCCCAGAACAUUCGUCAGAUGGUCUUUUGUCCUGAGAAUAUUUUAAAAACAGUGAGAAAUAGUUUGGAUAUAGCGAUUUAAAAAAUCAUCCAAGUUUCGUUGUCCGGAAAUGGUACGAGUAAGGCCCCUUCCACACGUAGCCGGAUAUUUUUGAAUCCGCAACUUUUUCUUUCCGGAUUCAAAAAUUUCCCCGUCCACACGUAUCCGUAUUCAAAUCGAAUUUGCCCGUCAACACGUGUCCGAUGUGUCCGACACAUAUCCGGGAUUCACUUUAGUACCCAGGACUCCUCUGGGAAUAUUGGCUCUGGCAAACGUUAAAUUGUAAAAUCUGCUCUAUACAUGACACACUAAAGGUUUUGACCAAUAAAUAAUAAAUCACAGACUGCUGUCUUUGAUUCUUUCCGCAAACUUGGACACAAAAUCACGAUUUCACAAUUUGGUACAACUGUGGCUUAAUGCACUGCCGUAAAGCGCGAUUCGCCCAAUAAAAAACAACUGUCCAAAACUUCCAUCAUCCCUCAAUGUCUCUGUAAAACUUUAUUUAAAUCUCCUUUAAAACAGCCGAGAUAUGAACGUUUUAAAAGAUGUAGCAUAAGCAAAAUUUGGCCUCAUGAAUAUAUUCAUAGAUAGGUGUACCCCGCGGCCUUUAAUGAUUGGUACUACUGAUUCAUGCAUUUCCACUAAAAAAGUAAUUAAACCAAAUAAUAAAGUGGUCUUUCUAGUUUGAAAAUAAUUUCCCUACCUACUCUCAAGAAUGACACAAGUUUUCUGGACAAUAGCUAGUCUCAAGAGCCGUGAGAGGAUCCUCUCUUGCUAGUCUGUGUAUGUUCAAGUGUUGUUACUCUUUUUAAAAACACCCGGAAAUUGUUUUCCAGUGUAUUUUCAGUAGGGAGUUUAAACAACAACGACGACGACCAGGGCAGUGAACUGAGUGAAAAAGUCGAUAAACUAAAACAUUAAUUUGCCUCCUUUUAAUUUUUAUGGCUUCUAUUUGUACCCUUAAUUUGUCAAGUUUAGGUGAUUUUUCCUGGAGUUGAAUUCUUAAGGACCUUAUCCAUGUUCAAAAAGAGAAAGGAAAAUUUGUCGUCGUAUGUCCAAGUCCUCCCUGGAAAGUCGCAUUAGAAGGUUUCACGUCGAAAUCAUGCAGUGGACUUCAAAGGAAUGAGGUAAAAAGCGUAAUGCAUGUGCAGCGCAGUUGUUGUGCUCAUAAAAGUCAUUGCUUUUUGACUUGUCUUCGUCGUUAUGGCUGCUUCAGCUCCCCAAGUAACAUCAAACAGACGACGAAGGUCAUGUCCAUUUCACGCAUUAAAUAUUUUCUUCCCUGUAUAGCCCUGAAACAAUAAAACGAGCAUCAUCAACACUUAUGAAGCUGAUAAGUAGUUCGGAAAUAGCGAGUUGCAAUCAAUAAGCGCCUGCUUGGUUACACUGGGCAGUUUUUCUUGCAACUCUGACUGAAAAUAGACCUUUUUUCAUAGUUUCAAAAACUCUCAGUUUCAAAACAAGGCUAAGCGCAAAAAUUGGGAAAAUUAGUUUUAUUUGCAGAAGAAUAACAAAUAAUUUCACAACCAAUAGCUUCGCACUAAGCCUCGCUUUGAAACACAGGCUUACUAGCGGAGCACCAUAACUAAGAUAAUUUGAUAAACUAUCCAUCCGAGAAAUUUUGGUUAUGACGUCAGCAUCUGUCCGUAAGGACUUUCCGGGUAGUGGAAAGUAGUCCGCAUGGACUGUUAAGGUAGGGGAAAGUAGAGAUUUUUUGGCGGGAAAUCGCAUCGCGCAACGUCGCGCAAUUAUAUCGCGCAACUGGUUUUGAAAAAGAAAUUUCAAAGCAAUUUAGCAAAAAGAUUUUUCGACAGAGCCUUUAUAACUUUUUAUUACAACUUACGAAAGCUAUUAUGUCAACAAACAACAGCAGAGAGAUUUUAGCGUGUAGACGACAGGUUUUAAGCGGAGAGCAAGAGUCAACACGCGUAGAGCAAGCGAAGACGAUCGCCAAAGAGAACGCGUUAGAAGUAGAAGAAGAAGACAAAAUUUUAGCGAAGAAAGUCGGCAAGUAGAAACAGUCAGGGCGCGAGGAAGGAGAGAAAAUUAUAGUGAAGAACGCCGGCAAGCAGAACGAGACAGAGCUAGAAUGAAUAGACAAAGGCAACGCGAAAGAGAAAUACAAAGGCAAAGAGAACGGCAGCAAAAUAAUGACAUGAUAACAGAAGGUGUUGUGUUAAUGUCACUAUGGCCCCGCGCUAUUAACAUUUUGAUUUCAAACUGAUCUCGGAAGCGAAAAUUCAGCCUGUCAUUUAAAAAUACAAGCAGGGAAGACAGAGGCUUUUCACUUUUCUCACCAUAGUCACGCGUUGGUCACGCUCUACGUCCAAUUUUUAUGCUGUGAUUGGUCAAAAUUUUACAGGUGAGUUCAUGCAGAAAAUUUAUACAGCAUCUUGAAACUUGUUUACUUUGACAGCUGAAGCUUACAGAGUUUUUUGUCAACUUGUGAUGUUUUU